GGCCUUCUCCUACUCUAUCCUAACCCGGACCUCCGAUAUCCGUCUCCUAGGACACAACCACUAGAUUCGUCGUUUUGCGCUUGGUCCCUCCGUCUGGUCCUCGGAGACCCGUGACUUCCAAGAAUUCUCUUGAUAUCAAGUAUGGAACCACUCCACGGUAUCAUUGAGACGUACCACAGAGUACACCAUUCAUUCCCCAGCAAACGCUAAACCAUGCGCAAAGGCUCUCCAACAUGGCCUUCGCGACGAAUAAGCGCAAUCAUCUCGAGUACCUUAACGUUCUCGUCUAGCCAGAAUCCCGUAUUCAUCCCAAGGACUUCUGUGGUUCCCAGGGAGAAUGAUCAUGCCCUCAUACCGACAGAUUCGGGAAUUAGACUCCCCUCCGGAAUGACGUCUGUAUCCCAGCAGAGGAUCUACAUGGAUGGGAACAGAGAGCCUUCCUCACUUAGACAUCAAGCAGGGAAAGAGGGCAUACUGAGCAUGGUUGGAAAUUAUGGAAUGGACCGGUAGCGUUUCAGUUACAGUCCAGGAGAAUGUUGCGAGCAGACGUUCCAAGGGUUGAUCUGCUAUGGAGCCACCAACCAACUGCAU